AUGAAAUCUGCCAAGCUAUUGAUGACUACGACAGGAAUGUUGGACGCUCGGAACCCUGAGGAUGCCGCAUUCUUGAAGGAAUACCAUAAUCCGUUCCUGCCCGCAUCUGGUCGUCAAGCAUUGAAAGACAGAUAUGAACAGACCUUCCGCCAACGGGAGAGCGCAUUUGAGGCGAGCGGGGAGUUUCCGCCUGGGGGAUACGCACGCAUCUUGAUUGGUGACAGCGUCGUCCGCGUUCAGACCCAUGGUGGCCUCUCGGCGGCGGAUGCCAAUGGUGUCGUGAGGUCGGGUUUGUAUACGUACGUGACAACUGAACCAACGCACGUCUAUGACGGUGGCGCAUUACAUUAUCGACUCGAAGUCGCAAAGGAUCAUGUGAUGAGUGGCGUCUACGGUGUCGGGAAAAGCAAUUGGAAAACUAUUGACCGUUCCAACGUCCUCUUUGGGGAACUCAUGUGGCCCAUCGAGAUUGAUGUGGCGUAUGCGAAAGAUGCCUUCGUGAACGCGAAGCUGCGGGGAGAAAUCCCCCACACUCUGCUAUUUGAUGAAUACUUGUCUCAAAAACAACCUUCGCUUUUGAGGGACAUCUGUAUGCUCAAGUUCCUGCUGAAAGGAGACAUCUUUGGCAUUUGGUUUAGGAGUCUCGUGGGUCCUUGGGCUGACACGAAGUCCUUAGCCGAGUUCAUCAAGGUGUACGAGAUGAAUGGCGACGGUAUAAAGGACAUCAUGGAGUGGAUCAGGAACCCCGUCUCGUUUACCCCUCAAGGCGAACGGACCGUUUCAUCUGAUCAGGAGGGUGUUGGGGAAUGGGGCAUAUACGUGGGGGAAAAGAAGCUUCUCGACACCCAUACUCUGAUCGAUUUGAGCAAAGAAACUGAGAUGAAGAAGAUAUUGGACGACGCUAUCGCGGAAGCCGUCGACAAUAUGCUAUCCAGCGAUAAACUCGACGAACUGAACAAGAAUCAGCAAGAUAUCGUCAUGAAGGAACUGCGCGAAAACUCAUCGCAAUACCUGGACUCCCGCAUCGAUCAUGCGGUUGAUACUCUUAUGACGGAUCCCCGCAUCCAUGAGCCUGCAUCGGUUUUUCUCAACACAGUGAAAGAUACCAUACGCGCGGGGCUGGUCGACGAACUUUUUAACACACUUUCCGAAGACGUUCCUCGCUUCCAUGAGCAACUAUACACACGGGCUGACAUCGAGCUUUAUAUUGACCGCCAAUUCCAGGACCACUACCAACGCAAAUACACGUUGGAUGAUCCGUUAUUGCUGAAAGACGUGGAGAUUGCUGUGCUUAACGCUCACGACAAGGUGUCGGAAGCGACUAUGGCUGAAUUGGUCGAAGAAGUAAGAAAGGCGGAAGCGAUAGAAGUCCAGAUCGCCCAUGAUCUGAAAGUGUUACGCGAGGAGAGGGAUAUAGCUGCACACGGGCAGUUGGAAGUUCGACGGGAAGCCCUGGAAGUCGAUAUAAAGAAGUUGGAGGAAGUCAAGGAGGAACGGAGGAGAGAACGGUUGGAAAAGAAAUCGGGGCUCGAGAAACACGAGAAAGAGAGGUUGGAACGUAAGGAAAGGGUUAAGCAUGUGAAUGAAGCCCGAGAAAGGUUAGCGGAGCGGAGAGGCGGGGAGCAUGGAAAGUAG